GUCGUGCCCCCCUCCCUCCCCGUCAUGUGAAGAUUUAUUUAUUUUCUCCUCCUCGCCCCUGCGCCUGUUAUCGCCGAGAAGCACCGUACAACCACAGCGGGACACCGCGACCACAGAAGGCCAAGUAUUAGGGCCGCAGGGCCGGGAGGAGCGGGACGGAACCGCCGCUGACCCCGGAGGCGACAUGACUGCGGAGUAGCGAGCAAAAGGACGCCGCUGCGCCUGCUGGUGAGCCGGAGGAGGAGGAGGAUGGUGGUGAAUGGUGGAUGGUCUGAUGGAGGUGCAGCUGCAGGUGGAGCGGCUCCUCGAGCCUUCGCCGCGGCAGCAGAGCCGCUGAACGCACCUGGAGCUGGACAAAAUAAUGUGAACACUCUGCAACUCCCUGGCCUUCGUCGUUAACAUCAUCAUUUAUGAUUAUGAUGACGGGAUCCAGUCACGUGGCUCUGGCCUGACCGACGCUACCUUCUCUUCCAGCGGCCCACAGACACAAUGUCCGGGCCGGCUGGACCGGCACUGGCUGCGGAGCCUGGGCUUGGGCCGGAGCUGCCGGACCUGAGCCACCUGACGGAGGAGGAGCGCAGCAUCAUCCUGUCGGUGAUGGAGAGGCAGAAGGAGGAGGAGACGAAGGAAAAGAGCAUGCUCAAGGAGCAGGAGGAAGUGAAACCUCCCUCGUCCUCGUGGAAUCCAUUCUCAGGGUUCAGUCAGUUGGUCAGUAACGUUGCCACCAACGUGUCCGAAGUUCUGCAGGUUAAAAGUCCAACAGACAACGAGCUGCAGAUGAAGUUACAUCAGCAGUUUGAGAUGUAUAAAGACCACAUGAAGAAGCUGGGUGAGGAGUCUCCAGAGGCUCAGACAGCGCGGGCAGAGUCUCCAACCUGCGGGAUCUGUCGCAAGACCAAGUUUGCCGAUGGCUGUGGCCGAGCAUGCUGCUACUGCCAGAGUCGUUUCUGCGGCCGCUGUGGGGGGCGUGUCUCCUUGAGAGCCAAUAAGGUGAUGUGGGUGUGCAAUGUGUGCAGGAAGCAGCAGGAGUUUCUCACUCGGUCAGGGGACUUUUCCCCUGAAAUGCUAUCCAUCAAUUACAGCUUACACAGGGCUCCCCACCCACCUACACAUGGGCCACUGGGUGCCACGGGGCCCUUGAGUAAUGGUGCAGCAGAAUGGAGGCAGAGCCCCUCGGGAUUGUACUAUAAUGGCAGGAGGAGCAGGAUGCCUAGCUCACCAUCGGACCUUGCUGUGAACAACCGUUCUCGAUCGCCACACUGCUGUCAUGGUUACGGAGAGGAAGAGCUACAGGCACACAGGCAACCAAUAAGAGAUGGGCGAGGUCGCUGGUACUCACAGGAUCACCCUCUAGACCAACGUCAGGAUGAGCUUGAGCUGCGGCGACAACAGGAAGUGGAGUUUCAGGCACGGUACCGUAGUGACCCAAACCUUGCCCGAUACCCAGUGAAGACACAACCAAGUGAAGAAACCAUGAGGAUGUUAGCUCAGGUAGGCAGGGUCCGCCACCAGCGCCGCCACAGUGAUGUUUCCCUGGCAACCCCAGAGCCUGACCACCUGACCAUGAGGCAUUCAGCUCUUCGUCAGAAUCUGCCUCUGGGAUUGGUCAAAUCUGGAGGUCAGAGGUCAUACUCUGUGGACCGUGCAACCACUCACAUAAGCCCAACAUAUUCCCGUCACAGCCCAUUAUCACAACAACUACUGGACCCAAGCUCAACCCUGAAGAGGAAGCCAGCCACUGAGAAUGUAGCACAGAGGAGUCGGCAUGUAGGGAAGAUGCAUGUGAUUGGCAGCUUUAGCAGCUCAGAGGAGGAUCUUGUUACCACACCUGAGUACACUAGCGCUGAUGAGCCUGACAGAGACAUGGACAGUAGUCAGUGGUGGGAUCAUGGUUCCUGGCAUGGCGAGCCUGCUCCCAUGUCUAUGCAGCCAGUCACAUGGCAACCCUCCAAGGAUGGAGAGCGUCUGAUUGGUCGAAUUCUACUGAACAAGAGGAUGAAGGACGGAAUUGUUCCUGCAGAUACAGGAGCAUUGCUGGGACUCAAGGUUGUCGGUGGAAAGAUGACAGAGUCUGGUCGUCUCUGUGCUUUUAUCACUAAGGUGAAGAAAGGUAGUCUGGCUGACACUGUGGGUCACCUGAGACCAGGAGAUCAGGUUCUGGAGUGGAACGGUCGGGUUCUUCAAGGAGCCACAUUUAAUGAGGUCUACAACAUCAUCCUGGACUCCAAACAAGAACCACAGGUGGAGCUGGUGGUGUGUCGACCAAUAGGAGAUGUUUCCAGAUCAGUAGAGAGUGCCCAUGUCCAGCUGAACUCCAGUUCCAGUUCCUUUGACUCUCAGAAAGUUGGCCCAUCCAUCUCUGUCACAUCUCCAAUGAGCCCCAGUGUUCUGUCUGGACAGGUCUCGACUGUGGACAGGCAACCUCUGGUUCCCCGGAUUCAGGUGAAGCUAUGGUAUGAUAAAGUCGGCCACCAACUGAUUGUCACCGUUCUUGGAGCCAAAGAACUUCCUGCUCGGGAUGACGGCCGACCCCGGAACCCAUACGUCAAGAUCUAUUUCCUGCCAGAUAGAAGUGAUAAGAGUAAGCGGAGGACAAAGACAGUGAAGAAGUCAUUGGAACCUCGGUGGAACCAAACCUUCAUGUACUCUCCGGUCCAUCGACGUGAGUUCAGAGAGCGAAUGCUUGAGCUGACAGUCUGGGACCAGGCUCGAGUCCGAGAGGAGGAGAGCCAGUUCUUGGGAGAGAUCCUGAUAGAGAUGGAGUCUGCUCUGCUCGACGAUCAGCCUCACUGGUACAAACUGCAGCUUCAUGACGUUUCCUCACUGCCACUGCCCAAAGCCUCCCCCUACCUGCAGAGGAGGGGACUGCAAGCUGAGCACACACACAGCAGCAGGAGGCUGCAGAACAAAGGUCAUUACUAUAACUCAGGGUCUCAGAGGAUCAGUGACAGCGAGUUUUCAGAUUAUGACUGUGAAGACGGCAUUGGGGUGAUAUCAGACUACAGACAGAAUGGGCGCGAAUUCCAUAGCUCCACCCUCUCAGUGCCAGAGCAAGUGAUUUCUCCCAAUCACUGCUCCCGUUCCGACAUGGUCAGAAUGAGGUCACGGUCACCGAGCCAGCCGCCUCCUCACAGCAAUAACCCUCUUUACCCGUUAUAUCGGGAGGACGCGGUGCGGCUGCUGCGGGGCUCCAAACUGAGCCGAGCAUUCUCUGAUGCCAGCCAAUACAGCACCCCGAACAGGCCAUUGAGGAGGAUGUCGCUUGCCAACUCACUUGAUUCCCAUGACAGAUAUUUUAAUGGCCCUAACCAGAGCUGGACAAACCACAUCAUCAAUGGGAGCUGUGAUGACUACAGUCAGGACUUCAUCCCUGAUUUUCCCUAUGAGCCUGACACCUACGAUGAGGAACUACUGAGGGCUAAUGCUGGAGGCGGUUCCACCUUGACAAGCCCAACGGGGACGCCUAUUUGUGGUCGCCGAGGACGCCAGCUACCUGCUGUCCCCCCCAAAGGAGCUCUCGACAGAACUUUGACCAUGACUGCAGCUCCAGCAACAGCAACUAAAAUCCCUCCACAUCAUCACCCCCCUGCCCCUGUCCAUAAACAACACUUUCCCUCUGUCAGUCAACAACCUCCUCUUAUAAGGGUCCAAGCCCCGCCUCCCCCACUCACCCAACCCCAGCCACUUCCUGCACCUGUGCUCCCACCUGUAGUUACAGCAGCACCACCACUAUUUUUACCCACACCGGUACCUGUUCCUGUACCCACAACUGUAUCCACAGCUGUAUCCACAACUUUAUCCACAGCUUUACCCACAACUUUAUCCACAGCUUUACCCACAACUGUACCCACAACUGCACAAACAACUCCACUGGUAGCUCCACCUCCCCCUGCUCCACCCCCUGCACCUGCUCCAGUUCAGCCUCCACCUCCUGAACCCACCCUACCCCCUCCAACUCCAACGCCUUCCCCUUCACCCGCCCCAUCACCAGUCCCACCCCCACAGACUCCAGAGCCGGAUAGGCGCUCAGCAACACCAGGAGGAACCAGAAAAGAGGUCACAUGGGAGGACCAACAGAAGAAAACAGCCAAUGGGGAGAUGUUACCAACCGGCAGAGAAGGUGUACUGAAGGACCCUUCAAAGAUGAAGGACAAUCUCUCCUUUAAGUCAUCAGACAGUGAUGUCAGUGAUGUCUCAGCUAUGUCCAACGCCUCUGACACUCAAUCUGUCCACAAGAUCGGUCUGAUUGAAUGUCUGGAGGGCCAGUCAGCAGAGCUGGGGGUGGGCUCGCAGGGAACAGAGGAAAUAGUGGGGGCAUCAGAAGGCGGGGAUACACUGCAGAAGAGCAACUCAGUGGAAGAAGGGGAGGAGGAGCCUGAGCCUUCAAAGGUGUCUGCAGCUGCCACUCCUCUCACCAAGUCGUCAAGUGUCGGUGGUGAGAUUUGCUCAUUGGGGAGAAACGAUGAUGACGAUGAUGACAAGAAGCGACGCUCAAGCUUCGGUGCAAGGAUGAUGGGGAUGGUUGGACUUGGAAAGAAGAGUCAGAGUGCCUCCCAGCUCAACCCAGAGGAGGAAGAGAAGAAGAAGAAGGUGGUGAGACUUCCCGUUCAGAGAAGUGUUGAAACCGGUUUGGCCAUCGAGUUUAAAGCUCGUUUCACCAGACAGCCGAGUCGAGACCCAGAUGCCGAGGACCCAAAACCUGGAGCGCUUAUAUUUCCAGGAGUAAAACUUGCAUCAGACAAACAGUUCACUGGUUUCCUUGAAGGAUUAGGCCCCGCCCAGCUGGCUGGACGGCAGACAUUGGCCACGCCCCCCAUGGGUGACAUCCAGAUCGGGAUGGUGUACAGGAAGGAGCGUCUGGACGUGGAGGUUAUCCGAGCCCGGGGGCUUGUGGGUAAACAAGGCAACAAGAACACUCCAGCUCCUUAUGUGAAGGUGUAUCUAAUGGAUAAUGGAAAGUGUCUGUUGAAGAGAAGAACUCGUCUGGCAAGGAAAACCCUUGACCCUCUUUAUCAGCAACAGCUGCAGUUUGAAGAAAACCCUGAGGGCAAAGUUCUACAGAUCAUCGUCUGGGGUGACUACGGUCGGAUGGACCAUAAAUCAUUCAUGGGCGCUGCCCAGAUUCUAUUGGAUGAUCUGGACCUGUCCAAUAUGGUAAUUGGCUGGUUCAAACUGUUUCCUGCCACCUCAUUAGUGGAUCCUGCGUUGGCGCCGUUGACCAAUAAGGAGACAGAAGGUAGCAAGUCUUAGCAUCAGGAGGCAUGGCUGAUUGGUCAUAGACACGUUACAGGAUGGGCCCUAAAACAAAGUCUCAGAAUCCUCUGCUGCUGCAUGCUGCAUGAUGACAUCACAGAGAUGACAAUUCAUGAUGAUGUCACUAGGACGAUGAGGAAGGUGCUAUUCCUGAUCCGCCCACUGCGGGGGGAGACACUCAACAAAGGAUGCUGGGUAAAGAAAGGAGUGGCCAUGUGACCUCCAGCUGCCAGCUAAUCACAGCAGCUCCUUGGAAGUCAUACGACUGUUAAAGACACGUCAGGAACCCACAAGAUUGAGUUAUGUGAUAGUAUUCAUGGAGACACAGGAACAUAGAGGGGGCUUCUUUAUGUUUAUGCAUGGAAUGACAAAAACAUUAGAACAUAAACUCCAUCGAAGAAAAACACCACACCAACCAGUAAAAUCAUGAAAACGUGAAAACAAAAGAACAUGAGAACCACAAACAUGACAACAUGUGAGAGCAUGAAAAUAUGUAAGACCAUGCCAGACUGUGAGAACAUGAGAAUGUUGUCUAAAACUUCAAAAUAAAGAUUCUUAAACAAUC